GUUGCGGGAAUCCUAGCGGAUGCCAUCGGCUGCAGCACGUAUGAAGAAAUUGUGGCGCAGAUUGUUACAAAGCCUGGCUUCGCGCGGGUAAAGGAGGACCUGGGGGAGAAGAUGGAUCUCACCUACUGGGUGUGUGCCUUCUCUGUGAAUCAGCAUGCCAGCAUUUGUGGAGGCUUCGGAAGAGAGCCUCCACCAUACACCUUCGAGUGGAAAGCGUGGCAUGCGAAGACCUGUGACUCCGUCACUGGGGAGCCGUUCACACCUUGCACGUGCAAGAUGGAGAAGAUCUUCUGCCACGAGGACAAUGAGGAUCCAAGGUGUGAGCUCAACAAGUUUGAUGACAUGAUGCAUCAUAUCUACGUGGAGGAAAGAGUCGCAGGCUUCGGCCAGUUGAUCGUCGUAGACAAUCACUUUGAGGUGCUGUACAGGGCAUGGUGCGUGGCGGAGAUUGUGGAAGCCAACGUGCUGCAGAUUCCCUCACGAAUAGAGGUGCCCUCGCAAGAAGCAGUUGACCGCAAUUACGACAGACUUGCUCUAUUGGACGUUCGUGAUUGCUCUGCUUCAUCGCCACGUGACAAAGCCAUGAUUUUGUCCAAGAUCGCCGACGUUGCUGCGUUCAAUGAACGAUUGCUGGACCUCGUUUUCAGCAGUGAGACGGGGCUGUUUUCAAAGUGGGUUGAUGGUCAAGAACGUUCACGACAAGUCGGGAGGAUCCUGAGGCGAUGUUCACUUGGGCUGCAUGACGAAGUUCAGCCGCCUGUCCGUUCUUACGGCUGCUGUCCGGUCGGCCCAGUGGUGGUGGGUGCUCUUCGACGUCACCAUGACUCCGACUCUGACGAUGCGACCUCUGAGGAGGAGUCGGCAACCGACACAGCUUCAGUUUAG